GGACCGACAACCAUAAGAUCAACCGUUACAAGGCUACAGACACUGCCAGCCAUGUUCUGCCUCGAAAAAUAAAUUACUGUUUUGUUUUGUUGUUUUUCUUUUCUUUUUUUUUUUUAGCAUUUAAACGCGCACACCAAGAUCAGUCUCGGGGGGUAUAUAUUCAGUGUUUAAUUUUUCCAAUCACGUAACAGGACAUAAAGGGGAAGGAUAAUAAAAUGUCUUCGUCCGAGCAGGAGAUGAGGUCUGGCGUUCAGCUGGUGAGCGCGCUGCUGCUGCUGCUCUCGCUCUCUGGUUGUUCGAGCAUGGAUGUGCUAGUGCCCAGUUACAUCAAUGCACUCAAUGGAACAACUGUCACAAUCCCCUGCACCUUCACUUCCUGCUACAAGAUUGACCGGACCAAGUUUGCUAUGAAUUGGACUUACCAAGAGACCCUGAACAGCACAGAGGAAAAGUUCAUGACUUAUGAUAAGAAUAAAGGAAUGCUACCAGUACCUUUAAACCGGUUUGGAGAGAGAGUUGUGUUUUCUGGUAACCUGGAGAAGAACGACUUAUCGAUCACGCUGCAGGACGUUCAACUGGAGGACGAGGGGGUUUACAACUGUGAUGUGAGGAACCCCCCGGAUCGCAUCCAAGGACAUGGUGUCAUUAACUUCAAAGUUGUCACAGAACUUCCCCCUCCGAGAGAUUCAACCAUUGCUGUUGCUAUUGGGGCAUCAGUGGGGGGAGCUUUAGCUCUGCUGAUCCUUUCAAUGGUGGUGGUGAAAUGUCUCCGCCGACAUCGGAAGCAAGAACUGAUUUCAGAGGAGAAGAUGGAAGAGGAGGGAAAGCUCGAGCCUGAAGCUGUUGCAGAGGAGGGAACGAAAUUACCACAGUAGUCAGAACCACUCUCUGGGUCUUCGACUUCCUGCUCCUCGUUUUGAGCUGUGCGCCACCUCCUUCAGAAACUAUAGUAACCACUGCUUGAAUCAUCUCACUGGCCAAACCUAUUUGCACGUGUCUGUCUUUGUGUGCCACAUGCACAAAAGAGAGAAAAUCUUGUGUUUGUAAGGACUGAAUGUAUUGAUGUACAUGUACUUAUUCAUCAAUGAAAUGGCUGUUUUUAGCUUUCGUCCUUUAUUCAUAGACUAAAAUCUCCUGACUUUUAGUUUAUCUAUAUUCCCAAGAUUUCAUCAACAACAAUAAUGAAUUUCCUGAUAUUUCCACAACACCUUUCCCACCAUGGUCAGGUCAAUACUGGAUAAGUUAUAAUUUACAACUGAGAUUUCAACAUGACAAUAUCUUUGAUUUUUCCAGCCUACACUACUGGGAAUGUUCAAUUUUACAGCAGAUAUACAUUUUGGUAUUUCAUUCCCAGAUUAGCUAAAUUAGAUAUACAAACUUCCAACCACUAUGGGUCCAAUAUGAUUUUUGGUAUGUGUUGCAUAUGCAUCGACAGUUAUUAGUGAUAUACUUAAAUCACCUUGGCUGUUGAAUAAUUUGAGUCAAAUUCAAGAAAAUAGUGUUUGAGGACUCAAAGCCGGUUAAAAGUUACAAGAAUGCAAUAACACAGAAAUAACACAUAUUUUGGAUAAAAAA